AUGACCAUCCACCACGUCGUCUUCUUUGGCCUCUGGGGCUACCAGAUCUUCGCGAUCCCGUGCGCCGACAACACCGUGGGCCUAAGGCCAAACCCCAACGAUCCGGAGUGGAUUCCCACCAACUGGGAUCCGCGCGGCCUUGCGCCGCUCGAUCGGCUGACCUGGUGGCAGAGCCCCAUCGGGUGGCGGCUCGUUUGGGAGACGGAGGGGAUGAUGUAA